UUCAGUUGCGUGCCGAAGUUGUAAGUGAUAAGUUUUUUUUUGUUGAUUUAAAUAUAAGUAAAACAAAAAUUUAAACAAAAAACGAACAUUUUUUUUUUCGCGACACUGAAAAUUUAUUUUUAGCAAAGUUUAUUUUUAAUUAACGAGUGAAUAUGCCGGAAUCGAUUGAAACAACGAUAAAUAUUACAAUACCGAUCCCAAGUCGUAGGCAGAGUCUUUUGAAUGCUGUGCCUCAGGUAAUUGAAGGAAAUGUAAGUUUCGCUGAAUUAACAAUCGGUUGUAAAAAUACAAACACUGAAGCCAUAAAUGAAGCUCCUGUUAUGGAAAGAAUUAAAAAGCAGAAGUUAUUUGUACCACAGUCCAUAGAAAUUGAUCCUACUCAAGAAGCUGUGGAAAAAUCAACAGGAAUGCGAAUAACUGGUGGUGCUGAUUUUAACAUGCCGAUAACAAUUUUCCAUGUAAAAGAAGAUUCCAAAGCAAAACGAGUUGGACUGAAAUUAGGUGAUUCAAUUGUGAUGAUUGAUGGAAAGGACACUAGCAUGAUGACAUUGAAGGAGGCCAAUGAAGCAUUAUUGCACGCAACCAAAGCUAUUCGUAGUUUUAAAUUUGGCGUAGUCAGGUUUCAUGACAAUGAAGCUACCAAGGACAAUCCACCAUUUAUGGAGGAAAUCAUAAUGGAAGGAAAUCCAAAAGCGCCUCGCAUCCAUAUUGAACGCCAACUGGAUCCACCCCAUGAAGCUUUUGUUCAAUGUCCCGAACGAAAAGCCUGGCAUCCUAUUAUGUGGCCUCAUCCUGAGUACUUUCUUCCUGAAAACUACCAUGAAGAGCUACCUCACAAGAGAAUCGUUCGAAAUGUGAGAAAAUUACUGGAAUCAAGUCCAUCGAAAGUUGAAUUGGAGAAUAUCCUCACAGCUUUACCAAGAGGAUCACGCCCAAAACGCAAUUACGAUGAUGAAAGCGAUUAAGAUAACAAAAAGUAAGAAGGAUAGAGGAAGCAGAGAAAAAACAUAAGGACAGAAAGAGCAGCUGCAAUUUUCAUUUUCUCUUUAUUUGUUCACCGUUUAUCCUUAUGCCUUCUUGAAAUAACAAACUACCAAUAAAAAUAGAAAAGUGUAAACAUUAAC